ACUGUUCAUAAAUCUGUAAAUAAUAAAUAUCAUAUUUUAUUUGUGGUGAUUUGUGGCAACUCGGCAAGUUGUUAGAUACUGUCAAAUUGUGUCAAAUAUAUAUUUGGAAUUUAGAGAUAAUAUGGAUAUAAUUAGUAAACUCUUAACUGCUGAGUUUCCUUUAUAAAAAUAACUUUUUUUUUUUUUGUUAAUUUCUUCGUUUUGUUAGUUAAUAAUUUUUGUAAUUUUAUAUUAACUUUAUAAUUACCUCUAUAUAAUAUAAAAUUAAACAAAAACAAAUUUUGUCGUUGUGAGCAAGAUCCUUUUUCGCUGUCAAGUGUCAACCUUGUUUGUAAAGAAAAGCGGUUUUGUCAUUAUUUAUUUUCAAUCGUGUAUAUUAAAACUUUAAUUAUACACAGAUAUUUUUAUUAUUUAAAACUAGACUUGAUAAGUAUUGUGUGUGUUUGAUAUUUAAUUGUAUACAAUAACUUUUAGUGAAACAUCAAAUAAAAACAAUAAAUAAAUAUUGACAUUAUUUUGUAUAUAUUUUUGACGUCUAAAUUUACAUUGAUAUAUUUAUGCAUGGACAUCCGUUGCUGAUUUUUUUUUACUGUUAAUCUUGAAAAAAAAAUGGCCGCUGCAUUGACUGUCGAGCAAGAGCAAGUAACUAAAAAAUUCAUAGAAGCAGUUAAUAAAAAUCAGUCUAGUCCAGUUUCAUGGAGUACAGCGGUUAAAUUUUUAUUGGCAAGAAAAUUUGAUAUAUCAAGAGCAAUAUCAUUGUAUGAGCAACAUGAAGCUACCAGACGUCUCGAAAAUCUUUCAUCUCUUGUUCCAACACAAGAGCCACUUCGCAGUGAAUUGAGAACUGGAAAAUUCACAGUAUUGCCUUCGAGAGAUUCUUCAGGUGCGGCUAUUGCUAUUUUCACAGCUCAUUUGCAUAUACCACAAGAUACAUCACACCAGACGACCUUGCAGGUCAGUAUUCAACCUGGUAUAGUUUAUCAGCUUGAUGCUGCAUUGGAAAGUGUUGAAACACAACGUCAUGGUUUAGUUUUUAUUUAUGAUAUGUCAGACAGCAAAUAUCAGAAUUUCGAUUACGAUUUAUCUCAAAAAAUUCUCACACUUUUAAAGGGAGGUUACCCAGCAAAAUUAAAAAAAGUGCUUAUUGUCACAGCACCUUUGUGGUUUAAAGCACCUUUUAAAAUACUUCGACUUUUUGUUAGAGAAAAAUUACGUGAUCGUGUAUUUACUGUUUCAUCACCACAAUUAACACUUCAUAUACCACGUGAAUCUUUACCAAAACCUCUAGGUGGAACAUUGGAAAUUCAGCAUGAAGACUGGUUGUUGCAUUGCUUCAAAUCCAUGACGAAUCGAAGCGGUAGUGAAUUUUGUGAGGUUAACCCUCAUGUGGGUAAUCCUUUAUCAUCAACAUUAAAGUCACCAAAUAAUCAAGAAUCUCAAAAUAAAAAUAUAAGCAUUCCAACAACACCAACAAGUGAAAAAUUUAAUAUUCAAAAUAAUAGUGAUGUUGAGAUAGCAAAUAGAGAUUGUUGGAUAGCAAGUGAUGAAGCACCAUCACCAAUUCAACCUCCAUCAUCAGCAAGUUCUGGCUUUAGUGAUGAUGAUAGUUUACAUGGAGAUUUGGGUUUACAAGCAAUAACAAUUGAACAAUUUAUUGAAACAAUACAUACACGUGGUAGAGCUGGUCUUCUUGCUGAGUAUGCUGAAAUUCGUCAACGUCCACCAGAUGGUUCAUUUGAAAUUGCAAAAUUACGUCCAAAUCAACCAAAAAAUCGUUACAGAGAUGUACUCUGUUAUGAUCAUAGUCGUGUAUGUUUAUCACAAAUUAAUGAUAUAAAUCAAUCUGAUUAUAUAAAUGCAAAUUUUGUUGAUGGUUAUAAACAAAAAAAUGCAUUUAUCAGUACACAAGGACCAUUACCAAAAACAUGUGGUGAUUUUUGGAGAAUGGUUUGGGAACAACAAACACUUGUUAUUGUUAUGACAACAAGAGUUAUUGAACGUGAUUUUACAAAAUGCGCGCAAUAUUGGGGACCUGGACUUGGUGAUGAAUUUUCAGCUGGUGAUUUUACAGUUACAACAUUGGAAGUAAAUACAAAUCCUGAUUAUACAAUAUCUAUGCUUCUUUUAACUAAUGACAAGACUGAAGAAACACGAGAAGUUUCUCAUAUGCUGUAUACUGCCUGGCCUGACUAUGGAGUGCCACAAUCAGCCAAAGCACUUCUUCAAUUUUUAUCACUUGUCAGACAACAACAAAAUAAAUUAUUAGCAAAUAGAGGAGAUACUUGGGCUGGUCAUCCUCGAGGACCACCAAUUGUCGUGCAUUGCAGUGCUGGUGUUGGCCGAACAGGAACAUUUUGUACAUUAGACAUUUGCAUAUCUCGACUUGAAGAUACUGGUACUGUUGAUAUACGUGGUACAGUUGAAAAAAUAAGAGCACAACGUGCUUACAGUAUUCAAAUGCCUGAUCAGUAUGUAUUUUGUCAUCGUGCAUUAGCAGAGUAUGCUUUGUCAAGAGGUUUAUUAAGUCAAAAAUAUCUUGCUAUGUUACCACCAACAAUUGAAGAAGAUGCUGAUUAAAAUUUACCAAAUUUGUAUUUAAAAAAAGGAAACGUAUUAUAAACCAAUUGCACUAAGCUCAAUUGGACAAAUUUAUCCUUCAAAAUUUUAAUGGCCAUUGAAGAUAGUACAUGUUUCAAAUAAUUCAUAACAUCUUUGCUACUGUCAAUCUAUAUAAUUACUAAAAAUUCAAAUUGGUAAUUAUAAUAAUCAUUGCCAAUAUUUUAUUGAAAAGAUGCUAUAAAAUUUUGUAUCAUGAAUCAGUUUGUUUAAUUUAUUAUUUCUUUUAUUAUUUUACAAAUGAGUCAUAAAUUAUUUUUAAAAAAAAUUUUAUAUCUAUUCAAAUUAUUAAAAUAAAUACAGAUGUUUUUUAGAUGAUUAAUUUUUCAUGUACUAUUUACUAUACAUAGUCACAAAACUCAGUGUUCAUUUUAUGAGUGUUCUUCUUCCUUUUUUUUUUUUGAAAAAAAAUCAAUAUAAAAUUAUUUUAUAUCUUAUUCUCUAGUUUUUAAAAUAUAUCAUAAUUAAAUUUAAUUUCUUCGAAUAAAUGUAAUGUGUGAUGGUUUUCAUGUUUGUCGAAAAAAAUAAAAUAUAAAACAGCCAAUUAAAAAAACCAAAAAUAUAUAAAAAAAAAAAAAACAUUCGAUGCUGUUUUGGCCUUCAACAAAUGUUCUAGUCUUACAAAAUCAGUAAUAAUUCAAGAACGUGAAGCGUUUUAUUCUCUACUUUUAAAUGUACGUUUAUUUAUAUAUUUUUUUUUUUUUUAUUUUUUAUAUUAAUUUCUAAAAUGCAACAUUUAAUUUUUGGUAAAAAAUUGUAUACAUGUUUUUCAUUUUUUAAAAAAAUGUUUCACAUAAAAUUAUUGAAUCUUGUGUGACCAAAGAGUGUAAUAAUUUAUCAAGAUUUUACCAGGCUGAUGUAUUUUUUAAAUAAAAUAAAAAUUUGUUAAAAAUUGUAAUUCAUUAAAUUUAUAAAUAAGCCGACUGAAAAAAAAAAAAUUUCUCAAUUAAAAUGAGAUAAAUAUUUGUUCAAAAAUGUACAUGAGUAUAAAUUAAAAUUAUUUCCAAAUUUUAUUAACGCUCUUUCAUCAAUCAUAAACUGUUUUACAGUUUAAAAGAUAAAAAAAAUUAAUUUGUAUGUUUCUAGAUUUAUAUUUGAAGAAUAUAUUAUAUAUACUUGAAAAUACAAAUAAAAAAAAAAAAAUGUAUAUAUUCAUCAAGAAAAACAUCUGAAAAAAAUCAUUAAAAUUAGUGUCGAAAAAAAAAAACUUUAUAUUAUAUUCUAUAAUCUAUGAAAAAUAAAAAAAUUUAACAAAAAAAAAAA